AUGCCGCCGAGUAAAAGCCUCUUUGCGCCUUUCAUCUCAGUGGACCCGGAGGGAGGCGUCGGCCCCGCGGCCCCGGUGGCCCUCCACGCCGACAUCCACGCUCUGCUGCAGCGGAGCCGCGCACAGGAGCGGCCGGGGACAGAGCGCACCCGGCGCGGCUGCGACCACCGAGACCCCCCGUGCGCCAUCGUCGAGCUUCGGCUCGGCCCCGCCGGCGGCGCGCUACACUACCUGCAGCCGGAUAAGUGCGCCCUGGAGCGUGCGCAGAGACGGCGACGCCUCGCUGCCAACGCCCGAGAGAGGAGGAGGAUGCUGGGGCUCAACGUCGCGUUCGACCGGCUCCGGAGCGUCAUCCCCAACCUGGAGAGCGACAAGAAGCUCUCCAAAUCCGAGACCCUCCAGAUGGCGCAGAUCUACAUCGCCACCCUCAGCGAACUGCUGGAGGAGGGCGCCUCGGUACCGAGCCGCACACCGCGGCCCCCGGCCUCACAGGGGACCACAUAUGUGUCAGGGGAGCCAUCGGGGCCAGUCAGGGACUUUGAGAGCGGGAAGAGCAGCGGGGGCCCGGCGCGCACAGAGGAGGAGCACAGGAGUUAUGGGGAGGACAUGUGGGAGAGAACGAGCGGGACCAAGUGA